AUGGACCUCCUCGCGCACGGCGUUGAUAGCGCCUUGGAUGCCGCGCACAUGGAUGCCGUCGACGCCCUGCGCGCCUUCUUCCUCCUCGCCGCCGCCACGACCGUCUCGGUCAGUAUCCCCUCGGCCCUGCGCGACCGCUUCCUCGUCUAUGGCCCGCGCGCGACGUCGGGCGCCCGAGACCAGCCCUCAGCCGCGGGACUGCUCGAUUUCCUCGCGACCUGGCAGGUGCCGCACGGCUACUUUGCCCAGUUCUACGUCGCAUCCGUGGUGUCAUCGGUGUUCUGGGCGGUCCAGCUGGGCUGGCGGGGGUGUGUGUUCGAGUCCAUCGCGUCGCGGGUGAGCGCGGAGCAUCUGCAGCAGUCCAUGUCGCUCACCCAGGUGCUCAUUUGCUGGCUGCUGCUCGCCAUCCAGGGCUCGCGACGGCUGUGGGAGAGCGUCAUCUUCCGAAAGCCCUCCUCGUCGCAGAUGUGGUGUGUGCACUGGCUCCUCGGACUGGGAUUCUACCUCGCCGCCGGAGUCGCCAUCUGGAUCGAGGGUUCAGGCGCAAUCCGGUCCCGCUCCCUCACCCUCGCCGACCUCCAAAUCACCAACGCACCCACCCUCCGCACCUUCAUCUGUGUGCCUCUCUUUCUCAUCGCCUCGGGCCUCCAGCACGACUGCCACCACUUCCUCUUCUCCUUGAAAAAAUACACCCUUCCCGACCACCCACUCUUCCGCGGCAUUGUGUGCCCGCACUACGGCGCCGAGUGCCUCAUUUACCUGUCGCUCACGUAUCUGGCCGCGCCGCCGGGCCAGAUCGUCAACAAGACGAUGCUGUGCUGCCUGGCCUUUGUGGCGGUGAACCUGGGGCUGACUGCGCAGAACACGAAGCAAUGGUACAUGCAGAAAUUUGGCCGGGAAGCGGUGCAGGAUCGGUGGCUGAUGAUUCCGUAUAUCUACUAA